AUGCACACACCAUCCGCGAAUAUUUCGGGAUCAAGCGCUGCUUUAAAUGUCAACAGCUUGGCCACCUACAAGUCUUGUGUCAUUGCAAAUACCAGUACUGCACGUACUGUGCAGGUCCACACCACGUGCGAGACUGCCACGCACGAAAACCAGCAUGCAUCAAUUGUGGGGAUGCAAAUCAUAAGCACGGAAUGCAGUACGAUACCAGGCACCCAGCUUACCACCAUGCCUGUCCUGAGUAUCAGAGAACAGCAAAACGAGUCAGAGAUGCCACGGAAUAUUAACACAGACAAUAAUGGCAACGCCCAGACGCAAGACACGUCUGUUGGUCAUUUCCCUACACGAGCAGAUCCAAUGACAGAUUUCAACAUACGACACAUUGACCAAAGUGCACUAAAAAUAGUUCAGAUUAACCUGCAAAGAGCCAGAGCAGCAACGGCGCAAGUCAUUCAGUACGCCAUGGAAACGGAAACAGACUUCAUCAUAGCCCAGGAACCUUACCUUUACGAUAACAGAGUGUCCGAAUUUCCCCUCUCGUUGACUGUAUUUCAGGCAACACUGCACACUGCAGAAGGCACGCGAACAGCAAUAAUAUGCUGCCAACAGAAAUGGUCUCCCACCAUCACUCUAGCCUCACGCGAUUUCACCACCAGAGCAAGAGUCUACAAAGGAGGCAGUACUCUCCAAGAUCCUGGAUGCAGUCUUUCCAACGACAGUCAUGAGGAAUUCACAGAAAAUUCUCACCUGGCAUACCAGCUCUUCACGACGGCAACUGACGAUCCUCCCUUUCAGGAUCCGGAAGUCAACGCUAUCAUGCGUAUUCUGCCCAAGCGAAAAGCACCAGGCCCGGACUCGCUUGAUUACAGCAUAGUCAAAGCUGUACACAAGGAAAAACCCGGAUUCCUCUGCAAGUAUUUCAACAAAUUGCUGGAGCACAGGUAUUUUCCAGUGGCAUUCAAAACGGGGCAAGUAGUCCUCUUUGCCAAACCUGAGAAGCAUCCGAAUGACCCAGCCUCCUUCCGCCCGAUAUGCUUGUUGUCGGCAAUAGGGAAGGUUUUAGAAAAACUUGCAGUCACAAGACUAAAGCAUCACCUCACCCGGAAAAAAUUCCUGUCGCAGCUACAAUUCGGUUUCAGGGAAAGCAUAUCAACGGUCCAUGCCCUUGAUCUCCUGCAGAAAGAAAUCACGGAAGCUCGCAGUAACAAUCAACACGUAGCAGUACUAAGUUUAGAUCUCCAAAGUGCAUUUGAUUCCUUGUGGUGGCCUGCUGCGCUCGAAGUUCUGCACACUGCUGAUAUUCCAAACAAUCUUUUACAGUUUUUCAAAAGUUACCUCAGCAACAGACAAUUCAUAGUUGUGCAUGACAGAGGAAUCAUUACCAGACAACAGACCAGGGGCAGUCCACAGGGAUAA